CUCCUAUUUUUUUUUAAUUAUUUUAAUUAUUUUAAUUUCCAUAAAUAAAUAUAUAUUAUUUGCUUUUGCUUUAAAUCUCUUCCAAUGGAACCCUACUUUCGGUCGCAAUAGAUUGAGCCGCUGAUGUCGAUAAUGAUGUCAUGGGCUCUACUGUCUACAACUGCGUUUUCCAUCUGACAAAAGCCACUCGACUUGAGGCUUUAACCACCCAUUCUUUCAAUUUUGGUCAACCAUUCCGUCUCUCUCGCUCUCGCCUUCCCUCUAUCAUCCCCCCUCUUUAUCAACGCAGCUCUUUCUUUUCCUUUAGCUAUCUAUCUAUUUUCAUCCCGUUGGUUUGCUUUUCCUCAUUUGGCGGUUUUUUUUGGUCUUUGAAUUCGAGCCUUUUUUCGUUUGGAAUUUUGUUGGGUUUAAUUGCCGUGGGUGGUGGGCUGUUCACUUUUACUUUAAAAUUUUUAUCUUUUUUGUUCUGAGUCGUUACAGGUUAGUGGUGGGAAUUUUUAAGUUAGAAAGAAGGGAGUAUAGCUGACAAUGAAUUUAGCAAUUUUGAGCUGAUAAAGGCCAUUAUUUUUUUUUUCUCCUUGGCGUGCUGGUUUAGUUUCUUUUUUUUUUUUCAAGGGAAAAACUCACUAGUGGUUAGAAUUGUUUGUUGGGUCUUAAGUCAAUAUCGUGGAGUUGGAAUUAGGAUAUUCAGGGUUUAUUAGAUCAAUUCCUUUUCUAGUGGUUUUGAUUUUAUUUAUUCUUUUUGUGUUUAUAAUUAUUAGUUUGGUGUUCUAGGUCGAUACAGGAGGAAAUUGGAACUGGACUGGGAUUGCAAAUUCGGGGUUUAUUGGAUCUUUUGUGGAUUCUUUUUUUCUUCCACAGAAUAGAGAAGAAAAAAAAUUGAUUGGUGCUUGACCCAGUGAAAAAGCUGGUGGUCGGUUUUAACUAGGAAUUGAGAGGCAAAGGUGGUCUUUCCCAUUAAAUUGUCUUCCCUUUCUGGUCUCAUUUCUCUGAUUUUGGCACUCUUUGCAGGGAAUUUCUACGUCAACGAUUGUAAUGAUGCCAGCACAAUGAGAAUUUUUGUUGAUUAGGUCUUUAUUGAUUAUAAUUGGAUUGAGUUUUGCCAAAUUGCUUGCAAUUGAUUGAGCCUUUUUAGCUGGUUUGAGGUUUUCUCUAGUGUUUGUGGUUUUUCCCGGUAUCCUUUUUCUGGGCUUCUGAAAUUUUCUUCAGGAUUCACAAAAAUGGGUUCAAGGAACGGUGUGGAAGGUAGAAGUGCUGGAGCAGCUGAGAAUUUUGAUGUUGGAGAGGGAGCCUUGCGUCCAAAAGUGAGGGGGGUGGGAAGCAUGAGUAGCAAUGAUAUGUUUUUCAGAGCAGAUAAGAUUGAUUUGAAGGCCUUGGAUGUCCAGCUGGAGAAGCACCUGAGCAUGGUCUGGUCAAGAAAUAAGGAGCUCCCAAGGACAAAGGAAGAGUGGGAAAUUGAUCUCUCUAAACUGGACAUAAGAAACGUUAUUGCUCAUGGGACUUAUGGUACUGUUUUUCGAGGUGUUUAUGAUGGGCAAGAUGUUGCAGUGAAGGUAUUGGAUUGGGGAGAGGAUGGUUUUGCCACUAGUGCAGAAACUGCUGCUCUUCGGGCAUCAUUUCGGCAAGAGGUUGCUGUUUGGAAUAAGCUUGAUCAUCCCAAUAUUACGAAGUUUGUUGGAGCUUCAAUGGGAACCUCAAAUCUUAGGAUUCCUUCAAGUGAGGGUCAGAGUUCUUUUCCUUCUCGAGCAUGUUGUGUGGUUGUGGAAUAUCUUCCAGGUGGGACACUAAAGCAAUUUUUGAUAAGAAACAGACGGAAAAAACUUGCAUAUAAAAUUGUGAUACAACUUGCUUUGGACCUUUCUAGAGGUUUAAGUUAUCUACAUUCAAAGAAGAUUGUGCAUCGUGAUGUCAAAACUGAAAAUAUGUUGCUAGAUUCUCAUAGAAAUUUAAAAAUUGCGGACUUUGGGGUUGCUCGUGUUGAAGCUCAAAAUCCAAGGGACAUGACUGGUGAAACUGGUACUCUUGGCUACAUGGCCCCAGAGGUCCUUGAUGGUAAGCCUUACAAUAGAAAAUGUGAUGUCUACAGUUUUGGCAUAUGUUUAUGGGAAAUCUACUGUUGCGACAUGCCAUAUGCUGAUCUUAGCUUUUCUGAAGUCUCAUCUGCAGUUGUACGACAGAAUUUGCGACCAGAAAUACCUAGAUGUUGUCCUAACUCAUUUGCAAAUAUCAUGCGUAAAUGCUGGGAUGCAAAUGCAGAUAGAAGGCCUGAGAUGGAUGAGGUGGUGAGAUUGUUGGAAGCAGUUGACACAAGCAGAGGAGGCGGCAUGAUACCAGAGGACCAGGUUCCCCAUGGCUGUUUUUGUUUUAGCGCAGCUCGUGGUCCUUGAUAUUCUUCCCUUCUUUUCCAUUGUGUUUAUUGAUGAAAUGAAUUCCAAAGUAUGUCUAUAAAUGUUUUAGCAAACUUGCCCAGUCGGUUGUGAGAUUAUUGACUGGCAAUUGGCCUUUUUGUUGUAUAUUGACCACAGCACAAGCAAAGAAUUAUUGAAUGUUUUUUUUUUUUCCCGCAAUAUAUAAUCUUUCCAAAGCUUUCUAACGUUAA